AGGGCCGUGAGGCAGGACGCUUUACUGAGAGCAAACACUUCUUUUCACACAGGACUCUUUUUUAUUUGUGGCUCUCUCAGUGUGAGCUGAGCAGGUUUCACAAGAAGAGCUGACGGCUCCGGACAUUCAGAGUAACAAAGCGUCUGGCGCUUUAUUUGUGCGUCUCUGUGAAAGAGCGAGCAGGGUCCCCCCCCCCCCCCCCCUCUGAGGAUCACGAGUGGAGAGGGAGAAGAUUACCUGCUUGUCACCGGAGAUGAUGAGGAAAACCUGGGAAGUUAUCCUGAGGGAGUCGACUGAUGAGGAGGAAAACUUGACAGGGAUGUAAACACGGACCAUCGACUAAUCUGCAGAGACUUCCAUCACCACAAUGACACCACGUGAGAGCUCUCUCCUCACUUACCUGCUCAUGCUCCUCCAGCUCCUGCUCCCUCUCACCGUGUCCUCCCUACACCCUCCUCCUGUCCACGUUCCCACACUGGUCCCUCACACUCCCAUGCCUCUUCUACGCUCUCGCUUCAGCGCUCACACUCAGCUAGACUUCGGCACCCACUGCAACUCCAGCUGCCUCCACCGAGGAGAGCAGGAGGCGCAGAGGGAGCAGCUUGAGGAGAAGCUGGCCUUUGAGACGCUGUACGCUGACGGUUCCCGCACUCUCACCACUGUGGAUGUGGAGGGCGAGGAGGAGUUUGAAGCCCACACCGAUCAACCGUCACAGAGGAGGUUGAAGCCAAGACGCAGGCGCGUGCGGCGGCAAAUCUACGGAGCAGACGGACGUUUUAACAUUCAAGGUGACAACUUCCUGUUGGAUUACCCGUUCUCCACUGCGGUGCGGAUCUCCACCGGCUGCACCGGCGUUCUUGUGUCCCAGCAGCACGUCCUCACGGCUGCCCACUGUGUGCAUGAUGGGAAAGAUUACGUGAAGGGAGCUCGAAAGCUCAGGGUGGGCUUCUUGAUUCCUCCGUCAAUCAACGGCACUGCAGACAGCCUCACUUCCUCCAAGAAGCCUCUGAUCCGCUGGGUGAGGGUAAGACGUACCCGGGUGCCGAAGGGCUGGAUCCAGGGCCCUCAGGAGGUCAGCAUGGACUUUGACUACGCCCUGCUGGAGCUUCGGUGGCCCCACCGGCGUCCUUUCAUGCGCCUCUCUGUGGCCCCCUCCUCUGAUGACCUGGCAGGGAAGAGAAUCCAUUUCUCCGGAUUUGACAGCGACAGAUCUGGGGAGCUAGUCUACAGAUUCUGUCCAGUAGAAGAAGAGUCGAGUGACCUGAUUUAUCAGCAUUGCGAUGCCAGACCUGGAGCCAGCGGGUCAGGGGUGUACGGGAGAGUGUGGGACAACAGCUUAGAGCGCUGGGAGAGGAAGGUCAUUGGUAUUUUCUCUGGACAUCAGUGGUUAGAGAUAGACGGGGAGAACCGGAAUUACAAUGUGGCCGUGCGGAUUACUCCUCUCAAGUUUGCUCAGAUCUGUUACUGGGUGCACGGAAACCGACUAGACUGUGUCCACGACUGAGAAGGACAUAAAAAACAUGGAGGACAAUAAAGCAAAAAAAAAUCACUAAACACACAGAUUCAUAUAAUUAAAGACAUAGAAUUAAAUAUUUUAAAGAGAGACGAGUGAAACAGGAUUAAAUCCAUACGCAAAACACCUGCCAUUGAUGCACUAGUAGAGCAGAUCUACUUUUAGGUCCUUUCCCUCGUCAUGUCUCUCCUGUGUAUAAGUUUUCCCUCUGCCUGUGAGAUCAUCACUACGCCAUGUUUUAAUGUGCUUCAGCCUGCAGUCAGAUUAAUAACACAGUCAGUGUUUCCACAGAAUUAAUAACAGAAGCCACUUUUACAAGAGAGAGAAAAAAAACUUUCCUCCUUUGUAUGAGUAACACCAGAUUAUUUUCCAGCUAUGGAUUGACAUUUUGUGCUCUCUUUUCUGACUUUCAGGGAAACGGUCUGAAAUUAUUCUAGCUCUUUAAGGAUUGUUAAUUUUAUUCAGAAACUCUGAAACCACUGAUGAUUUUUUUUCAACAUGUCCACAGGCAGUUUGCCCUUCUUAGUGUGGAUUGGAGACACAGAGUGUUAAUUUUAUUUUUUUUUGUUUGACAAAUGCCUGAUAUAUUUUAAUAAACAGAGAUUUAUUCUAACAAG